AUGAUCCAAGUGAACUACAAGGACGGCAGUGAAAAGUACAGCAGUAAAUAUAGAGAAUAUAAUUAUUACAGGAAUUAUAUAAGCGCUAUAAAAGGCAAAUAUAUGGGUUUUGUAAAUAUGCAAAGAGAUAGCCCGAACGGCAGGUAUUUUAAUGACCCUCGAAGGAGCAACAAUUACUACUACUACAACCGGGAGGGGAACCUGCACAGCAGCGCAUACAGAAGUUCGUACAGAAACUCGUACAGAAAUUCGUACAAGAAUUCUUACAAAAAUUCAUACAAAGGUUUGCACAAAAAUUUGUAUGAAAAUUCGUACCAGAAUUCGUACCAAUAUUCGUACCAUAACGGAUACCACGACCCGCACAACCACUUGCACAAUAGCGGCUUCGACAAUGCCUACAGUAACGAAUACAGCAAUGCGUACGGCAACCCCUACGGGGGCGGCUUCAAGCUGCUGAAGGGGAAAAGAAUCAGGAGCUUCAACAGUAGCAGCAACUCCACCCGGAAAGGAAAGCUCAUUAAGAAAUUUAAAAACUACGAUGUGGACGAAAAUAUGAUCAGGGCGUAUAAAAAUGGGAGGAAACGCAGCUAUUCGUCCAUGAGGGAGAUAAGUGACCAUGAGCAGAGACAUCAUAAGGUGUAUCUAGAAUCCAAGUACGACCACGAGGAGUAUCAAAAUAGUUACAUAAAAGGAUUUAACUUAAGCAGAAAAAGAAACUACUAUUCGUAUAGGAAGAAAUUGUACAAUAGUGAUAAGAGAAAUUACGACACCCACUUUGGACAGGGGAACAUCUUCUACAAUAAUGAAUAUUACUUAUUUAACGACGGCUCUAUGUUGAAAAGGAAAAAAAUGUAUUAUGGUAAUAAGAAUAGCUUUAGAACAAAUUCGAGGAGCUAUAAUGGGUAUCCAGACAGAAUGAAUAAUAGAAGGAGAGAUUCCCACCGAAAUGGGAGGUGUAAAGCGACCGCUGCACAUGCAAAGGAGACAGGCAGUUGGGGAGGGGGACCAAGUGCAAACAGCGCAACGAGUGUAGAUACCGAAGUGAGAGGAUGCAAUUAUAAGGACAAGGAUGACAAAUCGAAUAAAUCAUUCAAGUUAAAAAAUAGCCAUACGACACGAGAUGAUGGUACAGGGAAAUCAAACAUGAGGGCCGAAAUUAUGGGAAAUAGGAGGAACCCCGCCGCGUACAUUAAUAAGGAAAAAAGUUCAGAAGAAUCCCACCGUAAGUAUACACGAGGGGUAAGGAAAAGAAAAAAGGCUCCCGAAAGUUAUAGCGGUACAACAAGUGGACGUCCGACUAGGCAAAGGAGCGUGCAACGAAGAAAGCGAAGAAAAGAUAGCCUGAGCAGCAAUGACGAAACGGGUACAAGUGCUUCUUCAGAAAGAGAUAGCAGCUUCUCUUCAUUUGUAAAUAAAAAAAAACACCAUGCCGAUAGGUACAGUAGUGAUUCCUACGAGUGUACCCCUUCCGACGAAUCAACGGAUGAUAUGUCAUCGAGAAAAAAAUACAACCACAAAAGAAACAGAACGAAAAUUUCCGAUAUGGACGAUAAUAGCUAUAGGAAGAAAAAAAAAAAAAAAAAAGAAAAAGAAAACGAUGACUCAGAUGAUGAGAUUGUACAUUUCAGUUGGAAAAAGGGAAUGAUCCUAAAUAACUGUUAUGUGGUGAUACGAAAAAUGGGGGAGGGAACCUUCGGGAGAGUUCUUCUCUGUCAACACAUGGACACAAAAAAGUAUUACGCAGUGAAGGUAGUACGAAAUAUUAGGAAGUAUACUAAAUCUGCAAAAAUAGAAGCAGAUAUUUUGAAGAAAAUUCAAAAUAAUGAUUUUAAAAAUAAUAAUAUUGUAAAAUAUCAUGGAAGGUUCAUGUACUACGAUCACAUGUGUUUAGUUUUCGAACCCCUGGGUCCAUCUCUCUACGAAAUUAUCACCAAGAAUAAUUACAACGGGUUCCAUUUGGAGGAUAUAAAGCUUUACUGCAUUGAAAUGUUGAAGGCAUUAAAUUAUUUGCGCAAAAUAUGCUUAACGCAUACAGACUUGAAGCCAGAAAAUAUUUUGCUAGACGAUCCAUAUUUUGAGAAAACCCUAGUCAGUGUUAGAAGAGCUACAGAUGGAAAGAGGGUUGAGAUUUUUAGAACAAAAUCUACGGGUAUCAAGUUGAUCGAUUUUGGUUGUGCCACUUUUAAGGAUGGAUACCAUGGGUCUAUAAUAAACACAAGACAGUAUCGCGCUCCGGAAGUUAUCCUAAAUUUAGGAUGGGAUGUGUCAAGUGAUAUGUGGAGUUUUGGUUGUGUGUUGGCUGAAUUGUACACAGGGGAUCUUCUAUUUAGAACCCAUGAACAUUUAGAACACUUAGCCCUGAUGGAAGCUAUUAUUCAGCCAAUCCCCAAAAAAAUGAUAUGCAACGCAGUUAGAACAAAUGGGGCCAAAUAUGUAAAUAGGGAUGAACUUAGAUUAGCUUGGCCAGAAAACGCAUCUAGUUUUGAAUCCAUUAAGUAUGUGAAGAAGUCCCUGCCCCUGUACAAACUUAUAAGGAAUGAUUUGUUUUGCGACUUCUUGUAUAGCAUACUGCAGAUCGACCCCGCUUUGAGGUCCACCCCUGCGGAGCUCCUCAAGCAUAGGUUUCUGCAGGAGAGUUAUGACUACUACUAG